UGGCAACGAUUCGAAUUGGUGAUGUCUCGUUGAGAGUCAUGAAUCCAGAGAGCCCAGAGUUAGUUCCUGAUUGUCCGGAACCAUUUUACGAAGAUUCGCAACUGGUUCUCAAGUAUGCACAAUUUACCAAUCGAGAAAUCGAAUAUGUGCCAUUAUCCAAGGAUUGCACGGAUUCAGAUCUUAAACAACGCCGAGAAAUUUCUAAAGGGACAGCACUCUAUUUAGAUCAAUCUUGCGUACGGGCUGCCACUGAGGGUAGAAUGCUCGUUUUGGAUGGAAUUGAAAAGGCCGAAAGAAAUGUGCUCCCGAUAUUAAAUAAUUUACUGGAAAACAGAGAAAUGGCCCUGGAAGAUGGUAGAUUUUUGGUCCAUCCAAAACGUUAUGAUUCCCUUUUUAAAACGGUUAAGAAGAGUGUCAUGGAUGGUUGGAAGUUGGUCAAAGUGUCAGAACGUUUCAUCGUGAUAGCUCUUGGGCUGCCCAUUCCUCCAUAUGUUGGGCAUCCGUUGGAUCCUCCUCUCAGGUCAAGGUUUCAGUGUAGAGACGUCAGGCAACCAAAAUUUGAGGAUCAAGUCAAACAUUUGCGCCGAUUAUCACCAGGUGCCAAUUCAGAAAUCCUGGAGAGGCUUAUCUCCGUCGCAAAUGUGAUCGGGUCCGUGCAAUCUGAUGACGAUGGUGGUGGAAUCGAAAUUCCCGAAUUUCCAAUAUCGCUCGAGUCAAGUGCGUUGGUAUUACAAAAUUUUCCGGAUAUUCAACCUCGGUUUCUAUUGGAUUUGCUAUACCCAUGGCCACUGCUUCCGACAUGUAACUCCGAACAAAGGAGUAUUAUAGAGACG